GUAACCUAUAGUUUGAUAGUGGAAAAGUGUGUUCCAUUACCUGUAUACAUACAUAUUCUGGAAAGGAUUUGAAAAAAAGUGACAUGGACUGGAAAUCCAAAUUGAAAAAUGCUUUGCAGUCACAAGCUACAUCAAGUACUUCGGCUGAAACAGAAGAGGAAAAAACAGCAAAAGAGUUGAAUCAAUUUACUGAAUUAUAUACAAAAUGGAGAGGCAGUUCAACCAGCAAAUGUGAAACAUACAAAACCAUUCCACGAUUUUAUUACAGGCUUCCUGCUGAGGAUGAAAUUUUAUUGCAAAAAUUAAGAGAAGAAUCCAGAGCUGUUUUUCUUCAACGAAGAAGCAGAGAAUUGCUUGAUAAUGAUGAGUUACAGAAUCUUUGGUAUCUUCUUGAUAAACAUCAUACACCCCCUACUACAAAUGAAGAACAAAUGAUCAAUUAUGAAGAUUUUCUGGAAGUUGGGAAGAAAGCAGGAGAGAAAUGCAAACAAUUUUUUACAGCGAUAAUUUUUUCAAAGUUAAAUCAAAAAGAUUAUAUGGGAAGAAUUUCAAUUUUACAAUUUUUUAAUUAUGUUAUGAGAAAAGUGUGGCUUCAUCAAACAAGAAUUGGUUUAAGUUUAUAUGAUGUGGCCGGACAAGGAUAUUUGAGAGAAGCAGAUUUGGAGAAUUACAUACUAGAACUCAUUCCUACUCUACCUCAACUUGAUGGGCUUGAGAGAUCAUUCUAUUCAUUUUACGUCUGUACAGGGGUUCGAAAAUUUUUUUUCUUCCUGGACCCGAUGAGAACGGGUAGAAUUAAAAUUCAGGACAUACUUGCUUGUGGAUUUCUAGAUGAUUUAUUAGAACUCAGAGAUGAAGAAUUAUCGAAAGAAGUUCAAGAAUCUAACUGGUUUUCUGCACCUUCCGCUUUACGUGUUUAUGGACAAUAUUUGAAUCUUGAUAAAGAUCAUAACGGAAUGUUAAGCAAAGAAGAGCUGGCGAGAUAUGGAACAGGGACAUUAACUAAAGUAUUUCUUGAUCGAGUCUUUCAAGAGUGUUUAACAUACGACGGUGAAAUGGAUUAUAAAACUUAUCUCGAUUUUGUUCUUGCUAUGGAAAAUAGAAAAGAACCUGCUGCGCUACAAUAUCUAUUCAAAUUACUUGAUGUACAAAACAGAGCGUAUCUGAAUGUAUUUUCUUUAAAUUACUUCUUCAGAGCUAUUCAGGAAAUGAUGAAAUUGCAUGGACAGGACCCAGUAUCAUUUGCUGAUGUGAAAGAUGAAAUUUUUGAUAUGGUGAAACCUAACGACCCAUUGAAAGUAACAUUGCAAGAUUUAAUCAGCAGUGGCCAAGGUGAAACUGUAACAAAUAUCUUGAUUGAUCUUAAUGGAUUCUGGACUUAUGAAAACAGAGAAGUUCUUGUUGUAGAUUCUGCAGCAGAUGACGAUGUCUGACAAUUAGUAGUAUUAUCUACUGUGUUACGUUUGCAAUUUCUUCACAAGGCAUCUUAAUAAUCGGAUAUGAAAAAAUGUUGUUAUGCGUUGUGUGGGGCUUACAUGAUUUACAUAUCAGUAGAUGAUUGUGGAGAGCCUUGUUUGGAAUGGGAGUAUGCAAAUAUAAACAAAAUGCUGAUGAAUACACAAGGAAGACAUUUGGUGUGCGAGACUUGGUUUAUACAGUAAUUGACUUAUGCCAAUCACCUUGCCAUAGUUGGGGUAGUUGGAAUUUUGGAGAUGUAAAUUUGAUGAUUUUGUGAUAUUAUGAUAUAAUUAUAUCUUGGGUGAUCUUGAAAUUUAGAAGAUAGGCCUAGGUAUCUUCAUGAACUUUGUUCGGAGUACUUUAUGUAUUCGAAUUUAGAAUUUUUGAUUCAUAAAAAUUUUAACUUGGCUUUCAAGAGUUGUGAAAGCUUGUUUUUAGAAAUAACACAUUUCAUAAUUUUCUAUAUUGUAUAAACUGGAAUUUCUUAGAGUUUUUGACUAAAUUUCUAUUUUUCCAAUAUUUCUAUUUCAUUCAAUUGCUAUCUCUGAAUUUCAAAUAUCAUCAUCAUUCAUCAUUAUGAAUGGUUGAAACUCAGAAAUGAUUUGCAGAGCAGAGUUUUGGAUUACCAAACAAUUUUAAUAUGAAUCCACCAACCUACAGUAUCAUAGCCAUUCAUCUGCUUACUUUGUUUUUAUUAUUUAUACCAACCCUGUCUAGCAAUCAAUCUGCGAUCAAUUUGGAAACCAAUGUUCCAGUUCUGCAAUUCUGUUCCCAACCUAACUGAUCAUAUUAUAUUUUAAUAAAACAGGGCCAUUCCCUGCCAUAGCCGCAGGAUCCUCUAUUUGUGUUAUGAACUCUUUUUUUAACUUUUUUAACACAUAUUUUUUGAUUUCUCAUAUUUCUAG